GUCAGGCUAUCGUUGGGAUCAACUUUAAAGUUUGUGUAUCUGUCUGCUAAACGUGUAUACAUGCCUCACCUGUAUCGCUUACCUGUUGGGUUUACCUGUACAACGUAAAGCCAUGUUACCUGGAUUAACACUAUUACUUUGACAUACAACAUUCGAUUUAUCAAUAGUCGAUCAGUUAUGAAUUAAUUACUCAGCGUCCAAAUGUGAGGUUGGUCCAGCGCGGGAAAACAAGGAGAAUUUCGUACCGUUGAGCGGUUGUCCUCAGGGAGCAGGUCCACCAGGUAUUAUCCGUGAGGCCUUUCAAUUUCCUUGUGAAAUUCAUGCAUAUACGUUUUAUAUAAAAUGCAUUUAAUAUCGGUGAUAGGAGCUUUAGUGACCCUGUGGGGUGCAUGUGAGGGACUAAGAGGAAUUGGCCGGACUGUCAAACUGACCCAUGCUGACCGCGCCAUGCUUAUAAACUACCACAACGAACUGAGAAGGGAGGUACAUGCUUCCAACAUGCAAGAAUUGAGUUGGGAUAGAGAAGCUGCCCGCGCAGCCAGGAAGUGGGGCCGGAUGUGCAAGUAUGAUCGCCCAAGGAAUGAUAGGUACGGCGAGAAUAUCUUUUACAACAAACAUAACAUAAGUGAGCCUACCAGUGAAGUCACCAUGGAUGCGCUCGGAGUCUGGUCGAAAGAAAAGAAUACUUUUGACUCACAGCAGAGUUGUGUAAAAACCCGAUCCUGCGACUAUCUAAAGAUGGUGACCGCCAAUGUUGAGAGCGUGGGGUGUGCCAUAACCAAGUGUCCUGUCCUCAGGAUUGGCAAGUCUCGUCGGCAACAUAACGUCAACCUUGUCGCGUGCUUCUACACACCAUUCAUAGAUGUGUCCCGAACGGAACCGUAUAUGUAUGGAGCCCCAUGUACUUACUGUAGAACCGGGUACAGUUGCAGAAGAGGUUUAUGUUCCCCCCCAGUAAUACCCAUGCCAAAUAUGGUUAUAGAAUUCGGUGAUGAAUAUGACAAAGACAGGCAAUCGAAUGUAAACCAUAUCAUAAAGGAAAGUAACCCAGUAUCCAAUAAACACGACACACCGGCAAUGAAUACGAUAGAGAACGAUGUCUCUCAAACCAUCGGUGACCGACUUCCUGGCAGGAGCCUCGGGGACCAGGCAGAGCUUAGGAGGGGCAGGACCGUGACCCGUACCUACCGAAGACCAACAUCCGGGCAAUCAAACGUCGUGCAUAGCAACAGGUUCCAGGAACUGACGUCAAGGGUUAAACGACAGGCUACCCGAUCCCGAUCCCGAUAUAGUCGGUACGACCCAUACGCCGCCGAACGUCGGCGACGUCGGGAGGAAGAACGUCGACGCCAGCACGAAAUGAGACGAAAACGACUAGAGGAGGAACAGCGACGUCGUCAAGAAGAGGAAAGAAGACGACGAGUACAAAAUCAGGCAUACCGUCGACGAGACGGACAAGGACAGGGGCCGGUAGAGCAACGAGCCCGAGCUCCCAUGACUGAGAUUUUGACUGAACUUGGCGAUGGCGACGUUUUGGAUGUUGUGUAUGAAAACAUUACUGAAGAUGUAGCCAAAGAUAGUACGGAAGUGUUAAUUGAAGAUGUGACUGAAAUCCUAGCUGAGGAUGACAAUGAAGAAAUCCUAACUGAAGAUAUUUCUAACGCCAUUCCGCCGUUUGAUCCUUAUGCGGAAGAGAGACGGUUGCGAAACUUGGAACGAGAAUUGCAUGCGAAAAUUCUUGAAAUCCGAAAGAAGCAUAUGGAGUUAACAGCACAACGUCUUCAAAAAGAAGAAGAACCAAAAGAAAAAGGUGAAUUGUCAGACAACGACGAGUACUAUCUCCUACAAAUACAUAACAACAUUCGGACAUCAGGGAUAGCUAAACUGGAAUGGAGUAAGAGACUUGAGAAGUGGGCCAGAUAUGUAAUUCGGUGUGACAUAGAAUACCCAGGACCUGCCUUCUGUUUCACUAAUUUCGGAAAGAUCGGAUUGGACCGGCCUAUCUACAACAUUGUGUAUGACUGGAACGCUGAGGGAACAGCCUUAUCUAAUGAACUGGAAACAGGGUGUCGAACACCGUAUGAUAGAUCCCUAUGUAACCAUCAUCUAGUGAUGAACAAUCGAGACAUACGAGAAAUGGCAUGUGCGUCCUUAGACUGUGGUGGACAGCGCCAAGUCACCUGUAUAUAUCAGUGAAAGAUGUCACCUGGAUUCCGUACGUCAAUGUCUCUGGACGAUCCGGAUCAGUAUUUAUAAUCCGGAGCGAGUUAUAAUGCAGACAUCGAUGGAUCCAUCUUAUAGACUGAAACCAGUAACAACAGAAAGUGUACGAAGUUGACUCGGGAUAGCAUUAUGGCGUGCCAACAGAAUCAUUCUGUAAAGGAAUUGUAUGUUUUAAUGGCCGAUAUAAAGACAACAGUUUGUUUCCAGAUUGUUCAGUGUGUCUGUGAACUGUCGAGAGAAACCGGGCCAUCACGUGUCGUCUGCCAGAAAUCUAUAAUAUAAGCUUACACAUUCCAUGGAGACGAUAGAAAAACAUGCCAUUACCAUCCAGGUGUAUAUUGGCAUGUAAUAUAAAUUUAAGGCCACAUAGCUAUUAUAACUUAUUACAAUAAGAUAACAAUGAAAAUAUUUGUUUACCACGUAUUCCAAUUGGCCAAUAGUAUCAAAACAUUUGUAUGAAAAUAUUUACGAUAAUAUGAAACAAUGACAGGUAUAUCAAUACAAUAGAUCAUAUUAAAAAAGACUAAACGAGAUAGAGAGAGACUGAAAAACACAUCAGUUCGGCGAGGAACGAUAACAAAUGUCUUACUCGUUGAAAAUAUUACUUGCAAUGACUAUUUAUAUCAACAUACCUCGACACAAAUCCAUUGUGUCUGUGUGAUAUUCUUAGAUAACAAUAGCUAGAUAUACUGGUAGAAGUAUUGCUUUAUCCGUAGUAAGAUAUCGUUAGUAUUCAUUAGAUAGCUUUGUUGCUGUACAUUGAGUUAUCCACAUAUUUUAAUUAUCAGUGUGAAUUUAUGUUUUGCUGAGAAGUACUGUUUUAUUUGGAGACAUAAUGCAAACAUACAUAUUUUAGCAGUAAUCUUAUUUUAGCUGUUUUGAGCUACAAGCCUGCCGCGAAAAUAUGAUUGUGCUGAUUUCUGUAUAUUGUUUUCUAUGACAAGUAAUGUCAUUGCGCCUAAUCAACAAUGCGCUAAUCCGGUUAAAUUCAGCUAAGCGCUGUUGUUUGUGCGCCAACAUGAUCGUGUUUACUGUAUAUAAAGGCCAGCUAAAUGCAUACUAUAUUGCAAGUGUACAUUUCGAUUGUACAUUAUUUAUUUGGUGGCCGUUUGACUUUAUGCUAGAAUUUGAUUACCUUUACCUGAUGUUUACCUGUCGAAAUUUCCUGUCAUAUGCGCUGCUCCCGAGAGAAUACAGAUAUAUAAAUAUGCGGUGUAUGUAUAAAAGCGGGCAUGUCUUUAACGAUGUUUAACUUGUAGUAAAAUUAGUCACGUGUGUCCAAGUUAUAUGGAGUAAAUGUAUGUUGGUUCAUACUGUAACAUCUAUUUUGAACAAUAAUUUCAAACAACACCUAGUAAAUGUGUGAGAUGUAAAUGUUUUACCGUCGGUGAAUUUGAAAUAUGUUUUCUGAGUGGGUCGUUGAUAUAAUAUAUAAUUUAUAUUUAUAUAUAUAUAUAUUAAAGACUACUAGCCCUCUUGCAUUUAUAUAUGUUUGAUAUCGUAUCAUAUUUUUUUUUUUUGGAAAUAUACCAACUUUAAUGGAUAUAAAGCCUAAUAAAUGCAUAUUGUUUUAAAAUCAAAUACAUUUUAAUAUGUU